AUGCGGUCGCCGGCGCUCCUGGCCGCCGCCCUCGUCGCGGCGGCGCUCCUCGCUGCCGGUGCCGGGGUCGCGGUCGCGGCGGCCGCGACGGAGGAGGCCUACGUCACGCUGCUGUACGGCGACGAGUUCGUGCUCGGCGUGCGCGUCCUGGGGAAGUCCCUCCGCGACACCGGCACGCGGCGCGACAUGGUCGUGCUCGUCUCCGACGGCGUCUCCGAGUACUCGCGGAAGCUCCUCCAGGCAGAUGGUUGGAUUGUGAAUCGUAUAACAUUACUGGCUAAUCCUAAUCAAGUUAGGCCGAAGAGGUUUUGGGGUGUCUACACCAAGCUAAAGAUAUUUAACAUGACAAGCUACAAAAAAGUUGUUUACCUUGAUGCAGAUACUAUAGUUGUGAAAAGUAUCGAGGAUCUUUUCAAGUGUGGCAAGUUUUGUGGAAACCUGAAGCAUUCUGAAAGAAUGAAUUCCGGUGUGAUGGUUGUUGAACCUUCUGCAACUCUUUUCAAUGAUAUGAUCAACAAAGUGGGUCAAUUGCCUUCUUACACUGGAGGGGACCAAGGUUUUCUAAAUUCAUAUUAUUCUGAUUUUGCCAACUCCCGUGUCUAUGAGCCAGACUCGCCUUUAACUCCUGAACCGGAGACACAACGCCUUUCUACCUUGUAUAAUGCUGAUGUUGGUCUUUACAUGCUAGCAAACAAGUGGAUGGUUGAUGAAAAGGAAUUAAGAAUCAUCCAUUACACGCUGGGUCCCCUAAAACCCUGGGACUGGUUCACAGCGUGGCUUGUAAAACCUGUUGAAACAUGGCAGACAAACAAGGAGUUGAUAAGUAUAAGAUCACUAUGUGCAUUUGCUAGAAGAGCUCGCCACAAAUACAAGUCUGAAGAGUCACUUCCAUCUUAUUCAGUGGUGGGUUCAUCGUCUGUAUUUGGUAUUUCAAACCAAAGGUUAUCAAAUGGACAUUCGAAGCUACCUUCUUAUUUUGAGGCAAUCGCGGUGCUAGUCUGCUUCAUGUCUGCUGGUUUCUCUCUUGCAUUUGCUUUCAUUAUCAUUCCACGGCAGGUUAUGCCAUGGACAGGUUUGCUACUGAUGCUUGAGUGGACCUUUGUGGCAUUCUUCUUAUUGUUUGGGAGUUAUCUCCGUUUUGUCUACCGGUGGGGAAGUAUCAGUGCAAACCAUGUGGGCUUUAGCAAUUCUGAUGCAUCAGAGAAUCAUAUGGGUCCAGGCCAUCAGCGAAAUAUGUCUGACUGCGACAUGGAUGCAACAUUUUACUGGAUAGGGAUGGCAACUAUAGCUACUAUUACUGUAUUGUUACCAACUAUCUUGGGCAUAACUGCAUUGUUCACAAAGCUAGGAUUAAUGGUCGCUGGUGGUAUUGUGCUUGCAUCUUUUAUGACAUACGCAGCGGAGCAUCUUGCAAUCUCAGCCUUCAACAAGGCACUCGCGUGCUGCGGGCAGCACGCCAUCGCAUUCUUUGGCAAGGUCCGGCAGGCAAGUGGCAAGUGGCAGCAGAUCACCGUGAGGCCGUGA